GCCGCCGGGAGCCGCGGCCGCCGCGCCGCCAGGGGCGGGAUGGGCCGGGGCCGGGCCUGGGCCUAGCGGCAGCGGGCGGGCGGCCGCGGCCAUGAGCGGAGCUGCGGGCUGCCAGGGCGGCGGCGGCGGCGAGCGGGGGCCUCGCUGGAGGCGGCCGUGGAGGCUGCUGGCGCUCGGCCUCCUCUCCGCCUCCUCUGUGCUGGCGGCCGCGCCGGGAGCCGGGGCCAUGAGCAAGGAGGAGAAGCGGCGGCUGGGAAACCAAGUGCUGGAAAUGUUUGAUCAUGCGUACAGCAAUUAUAUGGAGCAUGCAUAUCCAGCUGAUGAACUCAUGCCUUUAACUUGUCGUGGACGAGUACGGGGUCAGGAACCAAGUCGAGGGGACGUGGAUGAUGCCUUGGGAAAGUUUUCACUGACCUUAAUUGAUACCUUGGACACUCUUGUGGUGUUAAAUAAAACCAAAGAGUUUGAAGAGGCUGUAAAAAAAGUAAUAAAGGAUGUUAACUUAGAUAACGACAUAGUUGUAUCUGUCUUUGAAACCAACAUACGAGUCCUUGGAGGUCUCCUAGGUGGGCAUUCAGUGGCAAUUAUGCUGAAAGAAAAAGGUGAACAUAUGCAGUGGUACAAUGGUGAACUUCUGCACAUGGCGAAGGAACUAGGCUACAAGCUUUUACCUGCUUUUAACACCACUAGUGGUCUCCCUUAUCCAAGAGUUAACUUAAAAUUUGGUGUAAGACAUCCAGAAGCAAGAACGGGAACAGAAACCGACACCUGUACAGCUUGUGCAGGUACCUUGAUCCUUGAAUUUGCUGCAUUAAGCCGAUUCACAGGAACAUCUAUAUUUGAGGAGUAUGCACGGAAAGCGCUUGACUUCAUUUGGGAAAAGAGGCAGCGCAGUAGUAAUUUAGUGGGCGUUACUAUUAAUAUUCACACUGGAGACUGGGUUCGCAAAGAUAGUGGAGUUGGAGCAGGAAUAGAUUCAUAUUAUGAAUAUUUAUUAAAAGCCUAUGUCUUGCUGGGAGAUGACAGUUUCCUGGAAAGAUUUAACACACACUAUGAUGCCAUAAUGAGAUACAUUAGUCAACCACCUCUCCUUCUUGAUGUUCAUAUUCAUAAACCAAUGCUAAAUGCUAGGACCUGGAUGGAUUCUUUGCUAGCUUUCUUUCCAGGAUUGCAGGUGUUGAAGGGUGAUAUUCGACCUGCUAUUGAAACUCAUGAAAUGCUGUAUCAGGUUAUAAAAAAGCAUAACUUUCUUCCUGAGGCUUUCACAACAGACUUCAGAGUUCAUUGGGCUCAGCAUCCUUUAAGGCCUGAAUUUGCUGAAAGUACUUAUUUCUUGUAUAAGGCUACUGGAGACCCUUAUUAUCUAGAAGUAGGAAAAACACUAAUUGAAAACUUAAACAAGUAUGCAAGAGUACCUUGUGGGUUUGCUGCAAUGAAGGACGUUCGUACAGGAAGCCAUGAAGACAGAAUGGACUCUUUCUUUCUGGCUGAAAUGUUUAAAUACCUUUACCUGCUGUUUGCUGAUAAGGAAGACAUGAUUUUUGACAUAGAAGAUUAUAUAUUCACUACAGAAGCUCAUCUAUUACCACUUUGGCUUUCCACUACAAACCAAACCAUCUCUAAAAAAAAUACAACUACAGAAUACACAGAGCUGGAUGACAGUAAUUUUGACUGGACCUGUCCGAACACCCAGAUCCUUUUCCCAAAUGACCCAAUGUUUGCUCAGAGUAUUCGUGAACCUUUGAAAAAUGUGGUGGAUAAGAGCUGUCCUAGGGGUAUUUCCAGAGCAGAGGAGAGUUUGGGAAGUGGACCAAAACCACCAUUGAGAGCCAGAGAUUUCAUGGCCAGUAACCCUGAGCAUUUGGAGAUACUGAAGAAGAUGGGAGUCAGUUUGAUUCAUCUCAAAGAUGGAAGAGUACAAUUAGUACAGCAUGCAGUGCAAGCAGCAAGUUCACUUGAUGCUGAAGAUGGCUUACGGUUCAUGCAGGAAAUGAUUGAACUCUCCAGUCAGCAACAGAAAGAGCAACAGCUACCUCCUCGUGCUGUUCAGAUUGUUUCCCAUCCAUUCUUUGGCAGGGUGGUCUUGACUGCAGGACCAGCGCAAUUUGGGAUGGAUUUAUCCAAACACAAAUCAGGGACGAGAGGAUUUGUUGUGACGAUUAAGCCAUAUAAUGGUUGUUCGGAGAUCACUAAUCCUGAGGCAGUGAAAGAAAAAAUUGCCUUGAUGCAAAGAGGCCAAUGUAUGUUUGCUGAAAAAGCACGAAACAUUCAAAAAGCUGGAGCAAUAGGAGGCAUUGUUAUUGAUGACAAUGAAGGAAGCAGCAGUGACACAGCUCCUCUCUUCCAAAUGGCUGGUGAUGGAAAGAAUACAGAUGAUAUCACAAUCCCCAUGCUCUUCCUCUUCAACAAGGAAGGAAAUAUUAUACUGGAUGCAAUCCGGGAAUACGAGGCAGUGGAGGUGCUCCUUUCUGACAAAGCAAAAGACAGAGCAACAAUCUUUAAAGGUAAAACGAUUCCAAACUACAUUAUUGAUAGCAACUUGGAAAUGGAGAAUAUGGACCAGAAACUGUCUGAAAACGAUUCACAUAAACAAAAUUCUGAAGAAGCUUCUUCAGCAUCUCAGGAUGUUGUAGCGGUCAGUGAGGAACCGGAAGGAGAAAGCUCCGAUGUUACUGACCCUGAUUCUUUGUCUCCUGCUCAUGCAGACAGUGACAGCGUUUCCAUUUCAGAUCAGGACUCCUACACCCCUGGAACUGAUGAGGCUAGUACUCCAGAGCCAGCAUGUAUGCAAGGGGAUAACCAGCCUCAGGAACAAAAAACCGAGACAGAGUCAAACUCCAAAGUUAACUGGGAUAAUAAAGUCCAACCUAUGGAAUCCAUAUUAGCAGACUGGAAUGAAGAUAUAGAAGCAUUUGAAAUGAUGGAAAAGGAUGAACUAUGACUUGUAAUAAUGACUUGUUAGUAAACAAAUGGAGAACUCUUUGGGUAGAAAUGAGGCCCUGAUAUUUGAGAACUAGAAAACAUUCAGUAUUGUGAUGAGCAACCAGGUGUCACCUGGAAAUUAUCGUAUAAAUCCAGCACACACUCUUUUGUUUUGAUUUUUUUCCUGUUUAAAAAUGGGAAUGUGCAAUUGAAGCAUUCGUAUGGCUCCACUGCGUGGUGCUGUUACCCUGGGAGGCUCGUCAGGGAAUGAGCCCAUCUUCUGCCUUCCAGGUGCCAAGGAAUGGCCUCUUUGGCCUCUGGAAAGCAAAAGUUAAAUGCAGUGGGGCUAACAUACCACAGUAACGGUUUGGGCAGGAGCACUUGCCAUAGGCCAGCUGCUGUUCUGGUUGGAGUGAAGGUGCGGUUCCACUGAUCUCUACUCAGUUGAAAGCCUUCAUCGCUAGCAGCGGGUGAAAUCAUUUCUGGUUGUUAUCUUUAAGACACUGGUAGAAGCAGUUUGAUUUUGUUCUGACAUAUCAUACUGAGACACAGUAGUGUUGCUCAUCGCUCCUUCCAUCUGUUACCAUGAAGAAUGACCAAGAUGACUUGGGAGUUUUUCCUUCUGCUUUACUCUCAACUAUCGAAACUAUAAACUGAAGGCAGUGUGUGCUUUGUGAGCAGGUUCCAUCAGGGAAACAAAGACAGCCCUGCUCAUUGGGAUCUAACAGGUAAGGGUUCGAAGUGUGCUAUGAAAAAAGCUAUGUUUGAGGUGGAGGUAAGGUGGAUGGGGCAGAUGUUUGAGUACAGGCAUUUCCUUUGGCCUUCCAGGUUGAAAAAACCAAUCUACCCUGAGACAGUUUAAACUGGCAAUAGUCUCUGAAAGGAUACUAAACAGAAUUAGAUCAGCUAUAACAAAAACUUCCUUUUUUUCUACAGUUUUUAUUCUAACAGCUUGACUUCAUUGUCAUUUUUAUAUGCAACUUCGAUGUGUGUGAUACUUAAGGCAAUGAGGCCAGUACCAGUGGUGAAGUGCAACAGUUCUGGCUGUUGGGUCCAUAGUUCAAAGUACAGUGGUGUGAAUUGUGAGAAUGACUGGUGUGUUACUCUGGGCUUUGGGAGUUUGUUACAGAUAAGUGUGGGUCUUAAUUUGUUAGCCCUAUUAUGAAAAGCAUUAUUUAAAUAAAAAUGGGGAUGCUUAAACAGCUGAGAUGUUUUGACUGCGUCCAAAGAAACUGCCAAAAGCUAAUUAAGUUGAUUUAGAUAAACUGCUUGUUAGAAAAUCAUGGCUCAAAGAAUUGUUUUAUAUCAAAGAAUAAAUUAACACUGCCUGUAUGCUGCACCAGGCUAGAAAUGAAGUUUAUAUUAACCUUUACAAUGGAUUUUUUUUAAAAUGCCCAAAUCUGAAGUGCGCCUUUCAUUUAGUUGGUGAAAUUACACGUGCUGAAUAUGCAACUGUUAAUUAGUACAGCCAUACUGUAUUUAUUUAUGUAUACUCGUGUACAGUAUGAAUGGAGAAAUCCCAGGCAAAUGUUGUAUACAUGUAUACUUGACACUUGCUUUCAACAGGUUCGAGAUGCACAGGCACCUUUUGAGAGCAUGACAGUCAGCUGGAAUACUAUCUGUAAAUUGAACAAUAACUUUAAAUUACUAGAGUAGGAGGUAAUUUGGAGGAGGAAAUGAAGCAGUAGCAGAGUAGUGAAUAAGUGUCCUUUUAAAAUAAAUUAGCUUUCAAAUGUAGUUAUUCCUUUGCACAGCGAACUGUAUGGAGGCUUGAACUGAGUGAGCAGGGCUUGCAGCAGCUGAGGUUUUUGAGGUUUUGUUGUUUUUUUUUUUUUCUUUAUGUGGGUAUCUUCAUAUAGGGAGUUUGACCAUGGGAGCCUGUUAAGUGUCCUUUGUUACUCAGAGCCCCGCUCUGUGCCAGACGCAGCGCUCCCCUGGCAGUGCUGGGGCUUGACACCUCAUGGCCCGGGGCAGGCGGCUGUGGCACCGAGACCACCUGGUGCCGGUCCUCCUUCGGUCUGCCAGUGCUUGGUGCCACAAAGGAGCACUUGAGCUCUCGUGCUCUUCGGUGUGGACUAUGUCCUCAUUAGUUAUUUUGGUGAAAAUAAAAUUAUUUUUCAUAGGCAUAGAGGUCCUCCAGUCAUUAUGUUAAGACUGCCAAUAUUGCAACUGAAGCUUACUCUUUUUUUUUAACCUGCAGUAAAUUUAGGUGUAGUUGUAAAAUUUUACUAAAAGAUUAACUUCUCCUUGCCACCACAAGCUUGUGGUUAAUCACAGAUGUGGAUGAAGCAGUUAAGGAAGGAAACAUCUCUUGUUUCAAGGGAUUCUGCGUAAUCCUGGAGCUCAGUAUGGGUUUGAAGCAUGGGUUUGGUGGUGGCCUACCUCAGAUAACUGUUGCCCCCUUCCUUCUGGAUUGAUUUUCAUCAUUGUUGUUUAAGUUCGUUUUAGUUUCACUUGGAAAUGAUCAUGAGAGCCAUAGCCAUGUUUCACAGGUGGGGUUCAUGCUUGGUUUACAGAACUGAAUUGGGUAAAGUUGUUGGCCUUUUGGGAAAGAGGAGUAAACGGGGGGGGGAUGGGGGACAGUUUUAUUCAGGUUAUUUUUACUUUGUUUCCCUAUGAGGAAAUAAGCUGUAUUAAACCUUUUCGUAUCAUGCUGAAAGUAGUUCAAUUUCCUGUCACUGUCAUCUUAAAAAGCAAAAAGAAUGUAUUAAUCUUUUUUUAAUCUUUUGGAGAUGGGAAGUAAGUGUUCUUUCCAAAUUUUUAAUUCUGCUCCAUGUGGAAUAUUGUUUGUGCAUCACUAAUGGAUUAUUUGUCUGGUAUUGUACGUUAAUUUGUAUAGUAUUGAAUACUGAAGAAUUCAGGAAUCUGAGAUGGAACUAGCACUUGCUCCAUGCCAUGUAAUUCAGAUUAGCCAAUUAAUUUCUCAUUUGAUAUUAGAGGAAUAUUCUCAAUUGUUUACAUUUAUUGUUUGUUAAUGAAGUUCUAAAACAAGCCCAGCUUUGUUUCUCCUCCUCCUGCCAGCAUACCCGAAGACGUUAGCAUCAGUCAUGAGUAUGUUGAGAAGUUGAAAAUGGGCCAUCUUAUGCAAAAGGCAUCACUCAGAACAUAGGAAAAAAAACAAACAAAAACAACAUUCUGUGAAUGAAAUAUUGUAUGUUCAGAUUUUAUAAGAUUUUUUUUUAGCCAGCCCAAUUUACAGCCGUAUAUUUUCUUACGAAAGAUGUCUAAUAACAGGUGCUGUAACACUAUUGUUGGGUUUUACUGUCUGGUGGUAAAUGUAUACAAUAUUUCUAAGGGCAACUAUGUACUGUGAUGUAAAAGUCUGGGCUAAAGUGUAUAUAAUCUGUGUACAUAAUUGUGUACUUAUUAUAAUUGCUGAUUGUAAAGAUUUAAUAAAAUGUAAAUAUUCUGGUCAAGCUGUUCCCAA